AUGGCCAAGCAUCGUGAGCAGGGGCUCCGGCUGGUUGGCUGCCCCUCGUCCUCUUCCACUGUCCUGCUUCUGCUGACGCGAGUCAGUUCUUCUUGCCUGACGGGCAGCGAAUGCCUUCGGGAGUCUUUCAGGGCUUGCCAGCAAGCAGUCUUUAAGUCAGUGACUCUCUCUGGUGGACCCAUCACGGUGCACGGCCCCACGCCAGACGCAGCUCCGGCUCACGUCCUUUCCGGCUCUGCCACGUCGUGCCGACACGCCACCACGCCUCCGGCUGUUGGCAACCACAGUCCCAGCUUGUCCUUCGAUGUCGCUGCGGACCCGCGACAAUGCGUUGCUCCCCCGGGCCGGCCGGGGCAGGAGGAGAGCGUAGCGCCUCAGCUGACCGCUAGAGGGCAGGGCCGCGCUGCGGUCCGGCUGCCCCCGGCUAGGCUGCCUGGAGCCGGCCCUGCGGUGUUGCGUAACGGCGCCUGGCCGGCUUCCCAGCCCGCGGAGCCCGAGAGGGUGGGCCCCCUCUCCCGGGAAGAGAAGGGAGGCCGAGAGAGGAUUGAUGGCCGUCAGGCGGAGGAAAGCUGUUGUUUGGAGCCACCACCCAAGCCCCGGGGCGGUGCCAAAGGCGCCUCGUCCUCGCCGCGGGCGGGGGGCUUGUUUACUGCGCCGCCGGCCAGCGUCGCCGCGUUUCUUUUCCCGUGUCUCUUUUGUGCUUUUGACAGACAAGCAUUUGACAGAGGCCCCAACGGCGUUUGGACCAUGGAGGAGAGAGGCUUGGCCCCCAAAUUCGACACCACCUUCGAGAACGCGCAGCCUUCCAAGACCCACAUGGCCCUCCUGGAGCUACAGAGGAAGGGCAUCCUGCGAUUCCUAGUCAGCCAAAAUGUGGACGGACUUCACGUGCGCUCCGGGUUCCCGAGAGAUAAGCUGGCAGAGUUACAUGGGAACAUGUUCGUGGAGGAAUGUAUGAAAUGUGGCAAGCAGUACAUACGAGACACCGUGGUGGGGACGAUGGGUCUGAAGCCGACGGGUCGGCUAUGUGACGUUUCCAAACGCAGAGGGCUUCGGUCCUGCAGAGGAAAACUAAUGGACACCAUUUUGGACUGGGAAGACUCUCUACCUGAUCGGGAUCUCAGUCUGGCUAGCGAGGCCUGCAGAAAAGCCGACUUGUCCGUCACCUUGGGAACAUCCCUGCAGAUCAAACCCAGCGGCGACCUCCCUCUGCUGACGAAGAAGAAAGGGGGCAAGCUGGUGAUCGUCAACCUGCAGCCAACCAAGCACGACAAGCACGCUGACCUGCGGAUUCAUGGUUAUGUGGACGAGGUCAUGACGAAGCUGAUGAAGCACCUGGAACUGGAGAUUCCUGAGUGGACGGGGCCACGUGUGGUAGAGGAGAGCGCUGAGAUCCCAGAGUCCAAACCGCGGGCAAAACCAAGCACAGACUUUAAGUUCCUGAGUAAAGAGGAGCCCCUUUCAUACUGCAACGGCACAGAGGAGAGCCCCAAGCCUGCACGCCAGGAGCACAGUGCUUCUCUGAAGCAUGAAUCCUGCCCACUGGACAGCAACCCGAACGCAGCCAAACGCACUAAAACGGAACCACCGCCCACUUGAUCAAGUAUUUGUGUGUCUGUUUUCAGUAUUGUCUGUAUACAUCUUAGAAACUUUUGGGCAUUCAACUUUAUAUGACUUUUUAAAAAAACAUUUUCCUUUCCCAUCUCUUUUUUCAUUUGGGAGUUCCCACCCCAUGAGUUUGCAAGCAUGUCCCUUUGUGCCUCUCUCUGAAGGGCAGAGAAGUCCUGGCUCAGCCACACGACACUUACUCAUCAUUAUCUUUGCAGACCGAACGUCAAAGAUAACCAAAAUGGCUCACUCAGCAGCGACUGCUCAGCCAUUUCCCUAUUCUGUUCUGGGUUGGGGUUUUUUAAGCAAAACAUAGAAACUUGCAAAUUAAAGACCGGAGAUCUCAAAUCUGAGUUCAUCUGAUUUUAAAUGGGCAUUCACCAGUCCACCCUUUCCUGACCCUGGGGAACUC